AUAAAAAACGCUCAAUUUCCUGAAUAAUUCGUAAAGUUUGUCAAAACUAGCAAUCAUGGUUUCAGUGUACAAUUUGAUUUUUCAAUGUUCAAAAUAAAUCAGAUCGGGAUCGCGUAUCUUGUGAAACGUUCUUUAGUUUCCACACCUACACCGAAUGUACAAGACCGAGACCCUUGCCAGGCAAUGGCGAUUUGUAGUUUAUGAGAGUAGGGGGAAGCAAAGUAGGGAAAUGACGAAAUAUUUGAACGUGUUCUUUUAAGCAGUUUGUUGCGGACCCUCCUGCCACUGCAGAGUACAGUACGGUACCAUGUUCAAGGAGUGUGGCUCCACGCAGGAAGAGUCGUUCGUCAACGGGUGUACCGGACGUUAGACUUUUAAAAAUGACGUAUUUCCGGGUUAACGUUUGGCGGGACGAGUUGGAAGAGGAGCUCAAACCUUGGAACGACGUCGCUUCAACAUGAUGGCCACAAACGGAAAGACAUGCGACAACGGUCCGGUGAACGGGACCGCGUCACAUGCCGGUACCUCGGGUGAGGAGAAUCGCUUCACAUUCAGCCCGCAGCCGAGCGUGGAGGACAUCCGUCGCAUGCAGGCCGAGUUCACCGACGAGCGCGAUUGGAACAAGUUCCACCAGCCGCGCAACCUCCUCUUGGCAAUGGUGGGCGAAGUAGGCGAGGUCUCGGAGCUCUUCCAGUGGAAGGGCGAGGUGGCCGAAGGCCUGCCCGACUGGAGCGACUCGGAGCGGGAGCAACUGGCCCAUGAGCUGAGCGACGUCUUCAUCUACCUGGUGGAGCUAGCCGAGAAAUGCCGCGUAGACCUGCCCCAAGCUGUCCUCCGUAAAAUGGCCUUGAACAGACUCAAGUACCCCGCAAGCAAAGUGCAGGGCUCGGCCAAGAAGUACACCGAAUAUAAAGACUGAUUUUAUUUUUAUACAAUGUGGGACUUUGGUGGUGGCGAUCAUGUCUUCAGCUGCUGUUUGGACACCGUCAGUGGUCUUGAAACUUAUUUUCGUGCUCAAAGUUACUUUCAGACAGCCGACAAUGCUUUUACAGGUUUUUAAAAAAAAAAUCAUUUCCACGGGUCAUCUAAACCCAAUUUGGAAAUAGUCCACACAAAUGUAAUAUAACUAUGUUGUGAAACUUUAGGCAUGUCACAAGCCCCGCGUUUUUGUUUCACUUGUGCUUUUUUCUGUGAAAGCAUUCAAAGUAAAAUGUUCUUAAACUUUGAA